AAGAGGAUGUGAUUUUUCGUGAUGUUGACAUUUGUGCAAAAAGAGCGGGUUUCUGCUGAGCAACCUCAGUGCUCUAAAACCUGAACAGAAGCAGGAAUCAGAUUUUCCAGUAGUUAAUUCCAUAUUUCAUUUUAUCUGUAUUAAUUUGCAAGCUUGUAAGAACAAUGACAUGCAGAAGAGGUGCUCUAAUUGUGCUGGAAGGAGUGGACAAAGCUGGAAAAACAACCCAAUGUAACAAGCUAGUUCAAGCACUACAACUAUGUGGUCGACCGGCGGAGAUGAUGAGAUUUCCAGAUCGAUCAACAAAGAUUGGACAGCUGAUCAACGCUUACCUUGAAAAUAAAAGCAAUCUCGAGGACCACACGGUGCACUUGUUGUUUUCGGCCAACCGCUGGGAACAAGUGCCGCUGAUUAAGGAGAAGCUGGCUCAGGGCAUCAGUCUGGUUGUGGAUCGGUACGCCUUCUCUGGGGUGGCUUUCACCAGCGCCAAGCCUGGGUUCAGUUUAGACUGGUGUACGAAUCCUGACGUGGGUCUUCCCAAGCCCGACCUGGUGAUGUUCCUGCAGCUGAACCCCAGCGACGCGGCACUGCGGGGCCAGUUUGGGUCGGAGCGCUAUGAGACCAGCGUCUUCCAGAGAGCGGUGCAGCAGAAGUUUGACCAGCUGAUGAAGGAUCCUUCGGUUAACUGGCAGGUGAUUGAUGCAGCCCAGAGUAUUGAGGCUGUCCACUCAGACAUCAAGACCCACAGCAUAAGUGCAAUCAAUGCAGCAGAGAUUCAGCCUAUCGGUGAGCUGUGGAAAUGAACCUGGACCAAUCACAGCCACCUGUUUUUCUUUAAGUGACAAAUUAAUGAAUCUGCUGAAGACUCUAUUCUAGUCCUGAUCUGUGACAGGAAAGACAGCGUUAAAGACUUGACUACAGCCCUGGUAUCGUGAAGUGAAACCAGGACCCAGACAGUUGAAAAGAGCCACAGACAAAUACUAUGCGUGAUUUAAUUUUAUUUUUACUAUUACCAUUCCUUAGAUCGAUUUAAUCUUUUUACAUUACGUAAAUAAAUAAUCUUAAAAUGA